UUGUUUGUUAUCAAAGUUUUUUUUAAGAGUUUCUAUAAGCAUUUCUUAAAACAUUCCUUUUAUUAAUAAAAAAUUAAGAAUUCAACAAUAAAUAUGACUAAUUUACAACGUUGGUUAAUGUAUUUACUACUGUUUUUAGUGCCAUAUUUUGGUAUUCUAUUCGCUACCAUUAAAACGCCGGGUAUGGAAAAAUUGUUAUUUCCUUUACAACUAUUACCUUAUAUUUUGGUGCUUAUGUUUGGUUUAUACGCUGCUGGCACUGUUUUAUAUCGCACCUUUACUUUCAAUGAUUGUCCGGAAGCAGCCAAAGAAUUGCAAGAGCAAAUACAAGAAGCUCGUAAGGAUUUAAUAGCCAAAGGUCUUAAAUUUAGAGAUUAGUUUUAUUAUGCAAAUAAUAACUUAUUUAUAACAAUUUUGAUAAAGUAAUGAGAAUAAAAUUAAAUAUGUUCUAUCAAGAUACUACGAACAAAAUGUGUAAAUAAAACAAA